UAAUAAUUUUGGGUUCUUGAGUUAAUGUGCCAAGUACAAUCUCCAUAUGUCAAGAUUCGGUGAUCAUCAAAUAAUUACGUUGUUGCUAUGCUCCAAGGAGAUAUAUUAGAGCAAUAGUUUGAUGAAACACGAUGAUGCUUGUGAUUGAUUUCUUGGUAAAUGGUUGCCAUUGUAUUACUGGAGAAAAUACUUUCUAAUGCGAAACCUAAUUGUUUUUUCAGGUGAAGGGCCUUUAGUAAGAACUGAUUUAAGGCUUUCAAGACCUCUUAUUGGAGAGGAUGGAAGGAUUUACAUUUGUAGUGAAAAGACUUUGUAUGCGUUUGAAAGUAAUGGGUCUAUUGCUUGGACCUCAUAUUUGAGUUAUGCUUGCAAUGCAAGCAUGGCUCCAGUUCAUGGAACUGUAGGAAAGCUAUAUUUGGUUGCAGAGAACAGAGUUUUGAGUAUCAAUUUUAGUGAUGUUAGAUCUUCUCCACCAGCAGUAGAAGUUUUCUUUGGCCCAGAAAAAGGUCAAGCAGGAGCAGGCGAUAUCAUCGGGCUUGCAGCGAGUACAUUGAGUUCGUCUGUAUUUAUCAAUAUUAAGAACCGAGGACUAUUUGCUUAUAAGAUGCAUGGGAAGCUACACUGGAGUGCUGGAGCUGUGCUUUACCAGUAUGGAUACAGUUUAGGUUGUAGAAAAGGUGUAAAAGAUUGUUCUUUCAGUUCAUCUCCCGUGGUUGAUCGAUGUGAGGCUAGUCUAUAUAUUUCAAAUAAUGCAGGAGAAUUAUAUUCAUUGUCUCUUCGUAGCCCUCACUUUAAUUGGGUUCAGGAUCUAAGCUCAUUUGACAAAAACUUCACUGUUACACCUGGAAACAAUGGCCGGUUGUAUGUGACAGUACCCCCACUGUCACUUGUGUUGACUCUAGAUGUCUUGAAGGGUAAUAUUUUGUGGCAGACGAGUAUUGGACCGUUAGGUUCAGCAGAAUGCGAACCGGUUGUGGACUCCAAUGGUUGGGUAUCUAUCGGUUCACUGGAUGGAUUCCUGUACUCAAUCUCACCAACCGGAGCCCUAAAGAAAUACUCAAAAGCAUCUGAACAAGAUUAUGUUAUUCAAGUAAGCCCUCAUUUAGAUUGCUCCGGCAAUGCUGUUUAUAUGUCCCAGACUGAGAUGGAAGGAAAAGUUGUCCACACAGUUGGUGAAUCUACUUGUGUCUCAGCAAUGAAACCAAAAGGUGUACUGUUCACUAUGUUGGUUCCUGCAACUGGUGUGAUCCACUGGUCUGAAAGCUAUCCUGGUAAAGUCUCAUCCAUGCUUUCUCAAAGUGAUCUGAAAAACUUUGUACUGGAUGAGGGACUUCUUCUUUCUUUUAUAGCUGCUUCAAGUAAGUUUCUAUUCACAGAGCAUAUGUGCCAAUCUGAUGGCCUUGGACUGGCAAACCACUGCCUUGCCGUAGCAAACCUAAUAUUACUCGUUCUUUCAGGUAAUGAAAGGACAAUACUUCUGUUCUUGUUACUUGAAUCCAUACUCUUGGUAAUUUUAGCUGGACUUGUACGAUUCUGCUGCAUAUUUUGGACGAAAAAGAAGCUUCAAGAUCAAGGCUUGGGAAGUUUCCUUGAAAAGAGACGUUCUCUCCAACUUAAGAAGAAAGAAUUUGAUAGGACAAUCACGCAACUCGAGAAGAAGGCUGCAAACGAAGCAGUGGCUCAUGAAGUCAUUGAAGAAAUAGGGGAUUUGGUACGAGAAAGAGAGAGCAUAUCAAGGAAGCUCUCAACAACAUACAGUUUAGGCAGGGAUGGAAAGGGCUUGCGGUCAGAGUCUCUCCUUCCAGUAUAUGAUGGGAAAUCAAGGAGCUAUUCUUUUCAAAGUGCAAGGAAAGAAAGCGUCACUAUUUUUCACACACUAAGUAAUACAUCUUCUGGAGAAAGCAGCAAAGAGAAAGAUUCCGACCGGGACUUUCACGAAGAGAACCAGUCCUCAGCUAAGGGAAAGGGAAAGGCAAGAGCACCUGUUGAAACAGAAAGUUCAAGUGAUGAUGAUAUCUUUGAGAAAGGCUACCAUAGAAGUUCAUCAGAGCCAACAUCAAGCUCAAAAGGGUAUGCCAAUCAAUUUUUUAUGGAGCAAGAGCUGACAGAAGAGGAGUUGAAUGAUGAGGGGAAAGUGGUGGAAUCAGCAACAGGCAGUGGCAGAACUAGAAGCAUGUGGUUAAAGAGAAGAAAGACGUUGUCUUCAACUAACUAGAUUGCAGACAGGUGUGCAAUAUGCCAACAGUGAAGUUUAUACACGUGUAAGGCUAGACAGCCUUUGAUAGUCCUGCAACAUCUGUAGUGAUUGUCUUCAGAGGUUAAUGCAGACAUGUUAAGCAAAUUCGUGUUUAUUGUAAGUGAGAAUAGGUGAAAUUAAUGUUCACUUCAAGCUUGAAAA